GGCGAGCAUAGGAGCAAUCUUGGACUGGCAGCCCUUGAAGGGCACCCGCCAUCAUGGCGGAACACCGUAGCAACAUAACUUACAAGUCCAUAGGUUUUACGCUAGGUCUUGGAGCUGGAGCAGCAAAGAGUGCUGCGCCUGCAACGGCGGCGAGCUCCCUGCUCAACACUUUGCUCGCGUCCGUACCGACGGCGAAGGCCUUGCUGCCUUCUCUUGUGCCCGAGCUUGUAAAGAAGACAGACAAGGCGGUUGGUGCAGCGGGCGAGGCGGGGGCGGCCAACGCCGCUGCAGGCACUGCUGCGGGCGCGGGCGAGCGGCAGGGCGCGGCCGCAGCGCAGCCGGCAGCGGCGGAGCCGCCGCCGCCGCAGCAGCCACCGGCCACAGCUAACGACGGCCAGGUAGCAGAUGCUGCGGCUGCGCCGACCGAGGCGGCCGCAGCCAAUGGCGUUGUCACGGGCGCGGCGGCGGCAGCCGCCAAGCCUGACGGCGGCACCGGCGACGCCACCGGUGCUGAGGGUCAGGAGGUAAUCGACCUAUUGUCGGACUCGGACGGAGCCGACGACGCAGACGUUCAGGAGCUGGCCGCCAUCACCGCAGCCACUGAGGCCACCACAGCCAAGGCCAGAGCCGCGGCAAGCGCCGCCUUGGCCCCACGCCCGGCCCUGGCGGACUACAUCCCAGUGGGAAAGGAAGCCAAGGCCGCUGCCAGCGCGCUCAAGGCGCCAGUGAAGCCGGCGGCGGGCGGCGGCGCUGCCAGUGGCGGCAAGGCGGGCGGCGGCGGCGCGGCGGCGGGCUCGGCGGACGCGCUGGCGGAGGAGGAGAGCAUCCGCAAGUUGGGGCAGCGGCCGUACUGGAUGAGUCACGUGUCGCGGAUAGAGAGCCCGCUGCUGCGGCUGCACCAGGAGCUGGUGGAGCUGUGCGAGUUGGUGCAGCCCACGCCCGAGGAGGCGGCGGCGCGCGCCGGCGCCGUGGCGGCGGUGCGCGAGGUGGUGGGCAGCAUCUGGCCCUCGGCGCGCGUGGAGGUGUUUGGCAGCUACGCCACGGGGCUGUACGUGCCCACCUCGGACGUGGACCUGGUCAUACUGGACAGCGGCUGCACCAACAUCCAGGCGGGGCUGCAGGCGCUCGCCAAGGCGCUCACCAAGCGCGGCGUGGGGCAGUCCAUACAGGUCAUCGGCAAGGCGCGUGUGCCCAUCGUCAAGUUCGAGACGGUGGACUACGGCAAUCUGGCCUUCGACGUGUCCUUCGACGUCGCCAACGGACCGCAGGCGGCGGAGCUGGUGAAGGAGAUGACGGGGCGCUGGCCCAUGAUGCGCCCGCUCAUCCUGGCGCUCAAGCUGUUCCUGCAGCAGCGCGAGCUCAACGAGGUGUACACGGGCGGCAUCGGCAGCUACGCGCUCAUCACGCUGGUCUCCGCAUUCCUGCAGAUGCACGCCUCGCGCCGCAGCAAGCAGGCGGCUCUCGUAGCCGAGGCGGGCGCUGGCAAGCGGCGGCGCAGCGGAGGCGCGGCUGCCAAGGCACCGCCGCCGCUGGAGGGCACCGCGGGCGCCGCCGCCGCCGCCGCCAGCAGCGGGUGUGUGGAGCCGGGCCUUGGCGCGCUGCUGGUGGACUUCUUCCGCUUCUACGGCCGCGUCGUCAACAUGCCCGACGUGGGCAUCAGCUGCGCGGGCGGCGGGCAGUUCUUCCGCAAGGUGGACAAGGACACGCCCAAGGGCCCCUACGGCUUUGACGGCUGGCUCAACACCGACCGCUCCUACCUGCUGGCCACGGAGGACCCCAAGGACCCGGACAACGACGUGACGCGCAACUCGUUCAACAUCAUGCGCGUCAAGACCGCAUUCGAGUUCGCGUACCAGAUGCUCACGGCGCCUGUACGGCGCGACGAGUCGCUGUUGGCCCGCAUCCUGCGCCUGGGCCCCAUCCUGGCCUCCCGCCCCCGCUCCGGCGUCGCGCACCUGCGCGACCUCGGCUACUACACACAGCCCCCGCCCGAGAGCGCGCAGGAGCGGCAGCAGCGGCAGCGCGAGGCGGAGCGGCAGCGGCAGCGCGACGCGCGGCGCGCGGAGCGAGACGAGCGGCGGCGGGAGGAGGGGGCGGGCAAAGAGGGCACGAAGGAGGGCGGGCGGGGCAAGGGCGGGAAGGAGGGCGGCUCUGCCGCGGCGUCGCCGUCAGGGCAGGCGGCGGCAGGCGCAGGCGGCGAGAAGAAGGGCGCCGGGAAGAAGCGUGGCCGGGAGGCCCCCGUGGAGGCGGAGGAGGGCGCGGCCGCCGCGGCAGGCGGCGAGGGGCGGGAGCAGGGUGCCGAGCGCGCCGGAAAGCGUGCGCGCGGAAACGGAGGUCAAUCACCCAAGCCGCACCAGCAGCAGCAGCAACGACAGCAGCAGGGCAAGCAGCAGCAAGGGCAGGAGGAUUCGCAGAGUCUCAGCAGGCGGGAGAAGCGGCGGCAGAAGAAGCAGCAGGCUGGCGAGAGGGAGGCCGCGGGCGGGGGUGUUGCUGCGGCAGGCGGCAGCGGUGGCGGCGGCGGCGGCGGCGGCAACAAGGGAGGCACCGUUGGCAAGAAGCGCGGGCGAGAUGAAGAGUCGCCUCGCAGCAGUGGAAAAGGCGGCGGUGGCGGCAGUGGUGGCGGCAACGGCCACAAGAUCGGCGGCGGCGGCGGUGGAAACAACAGGGACAACAAGGGCGGCGGCCGCGCCAAGGUCAGCGCGCACAGCAACAGUAACCGCAACGGCGGCGGCGGCGGCAGCAAGGGCGGCAGCCAGCCAUCCAGUGAGCGCGGCGGCAAGCGCGCCCGCAUUGACAACGGUGGCGGCGGCGGUAGCGGCGGCGGCCACCGCGACGGCAGCAGCGGGCGGCAGCACCAGCACUCCCACUCGCACUCCCACCAGCCCCACUCGCAGCAUCCCCACCAGCACUCCCACCACACGCACCAGCACCACUCCUCAGGUAGCCACCCUCACCAGCACCAACACCACCACCAGGCAGCUGCGGAGCCGCCGCGGCGCCGCGCCCUCAUGCAGGUGCACCAGCACCCGCACCAGCCGCCGCAGCUGCCGCCGCCGGUGCAGCUGCCGCCGCCUCAGACGGCGCCCAUAUUCCACAUGGGCUAUGUGCCGCCGCCGGAGCCGCGGCACGGCCACCAGCACCAUCGCCACUCGCACCACCAAUCCGGAGGAGGUGGUGGCGGCGGUGGCGGUGGCAGGGGUGGAUAUCGGCAGCAGCACCAGCAGCGUGGCAGUGGCGGGGGCGGGCCCAGGGGUGGCGGCGGUGGGGGCGGAGGUAGAGGAGGCGGCGGGGGUGGGGGCGGGGGCGGAGGCCGCGGCGGUCAGCAGCGCGGCCCGAUAAGCAUUGUGCGGGGGCAGCAGCAGGGGUACCAGCAGGGGCAGCAGCGCCAGCACGUGUUCUUCGAGUGAGGGGGACAGGGCUGUGGUGGCCCCCGGGUAUUUGGCUGCGGCAGGCUAGGCAGGAAGCGGUGUUAGAGCUAGCUGACUUUGGAGCAGAACCAGCAGAUGUAGCCGUGGCGAGCGUGUGUGUGGGAGUGCGUGCAUGGGCCGGCGGAGUGGCGCAGGCGGUGUUGAGGCGCGGUGGUAUGGCGGUCAGCCACGGGCCGGCGUCAAGUAGGGCAGGCAGCACGCCCGUUCGAACGCGAAGAAGGAAAACAAGGCAGAAGUGCCGGCUCAAAGGGUCAGUCACCGCGACUCGGUUCCGACAUGCAAUAAACUCGAGGUCAAAAGAGGGGGCGAUGUAAGCGACGGGACGG